AGACCGCGAGCGAGAGCGCCCCAGAGCAGCGCCCGCGCCCUCAGUGCCUCCUCCGCAAGAACCUCGAGAGAAGGACGCCCGCAGCCAGACGCUCAACGCUUCGGCCCUCGCGUGGUUGCUCACCCGAUCUACAGCGCAGACCCAGCCGCGCCGGGCCUGUCCACUGUGCACCAGUUCGUUGGAGUCCUUGUAGCCGCGAUCGUCCCAGCUCCUCCUGCGCGCCACAAUGAGCUCCCGCACCGCCAGGGCGCUCGCCGUCGCCGUCACCCUUCUCCAUUUGACCAGGCUGGCGCUCUCCACCUGCCCCGCCGCCUGCCAGUGCCCCCUGGAGGUGCCCAAGUGCGCCCCGGGAGUUGGGCUGGUCAGGGACGGCUGUGGCUGCUGCAAGGUCUGCGCCAAGCAGCUCAACGAGGACUGCAGCAAAAUGCAGCCCUGCGACCACACCAAGGGGCUGGAAUGCAAUUUCGGCGCCAGCUCCACCGCUCUGAAGGGGAUCUGCAGAGCUCAGUCAGAGGGCAGACCCUGUGAAUAUAACUCCAGAAUCUAUCAGAACGGGGAAAGCUUCCAGCCCAACUGUAAACAUCAGUGCACUUGUAUAGAUGGCGCAGUGGGCUGCAUUCCUCUGUGUCCCCAAGAACUGUCUCUCCCCAACUUGGGCUGUCCCAAUCCCCGGCUGGUCAAAGUCACCGGACAGUGCUGCGAGGAGUGGGUCUGUGAUGAGGAUGGUGGCAAGGACCCCAUGGAUGACCAGGAUGAUCUCCUCGGCAAGGGACUGGGAUUCGAUGCCUCCGAGGUGGAGUUAACGAGAAACAAUGAAUUAAUUGCAGUUGGAAAAGGAGGCUUGCUGAAGCGGCUCCCUGUCUUUGGCAUGGAACCUCGAAUCCUUUACAACCCUUUGCAUGGCCAGAAAUGUAUUGUUCAAACAACUUCAUGGUCCCAGUGCUCAAAGACCUGUGGAACUGGUAUCUCUACACGAGUUACCAAUGACAACCCUGAAUGCCGCCUGGUGAAAGAAACCCGGAUCUGUGAAGUGCGGCCUUGUGGACAGCCUGUGUACAGCAGCCUGAAAAAGGGCAAGAAAUGCAGCAAGACCAAGAAAGCCCUUGAACCAGUCAGGUAUACUUACGCUGGAUGUUCGAGUGUGAAGAAGUACCGGCCCAAGUACUGUGGCUCUUGUGUGGACGGCCGAUGCUGCACACCUCAGCAGACCAGGACUGUCAAGAUGAGGUUCCGCUGCGAAGAUGGGGAGACGUUUUCCAAGAACGUCAUGAUGAUCCAGUCCUGCAAAUGCAACUACAACUGCCCACAUGCCAACGAGGCAGCAUUUCCCUUCUACAGGCUGUUCAAUGACAUUCACAAAUUUAGGGACUAAAUGCUACCGGGGUUUCCAGUGCCAGGGUGGACAAAGGAGGGAUUGGAGUGUAAGAAUCACGGAGACAUGGGUGGGGGCGGUGUGGGUGAAGGGACUCUUGUAGAAGGGAUGCCUUGCUCGUUCUUGAGUAGCAUUGAGGUAUUUCGAAACUGCCAAGGGGGCUGGUUCAGAUGGACACUAAUGCAGCCGCGAUUGGAGAUUACUUUGCUUCAUAGUAUUGGAGCACAUCUUACUGCUUCAUUUUGGAGCUUGUGGUGUUGAUGACGUUCUGUUUUCUGUUUGUAAAUUAUUUGCUAAGCAUAUUUUUCUCUAGGCUUUUUUUUCCCCCCUUUGGGUUCUACAGUUGUAAUAGAGAUAAUAAGAUUGGUUGGGCAGUGGAAGCCUUCGUUUGUCCUUUGGCAGAAGUAAAUGGGAGGGCCUUCCCUCCCUUCCUGAGGGGGACACUCUAUGAGUGUCCGUUAGAGGCAGCUACCUGCACUCGAAACUGCAAACAGAAAUCAGGUGUUUUAAGACUGAAUGUUUUUAUUUAUCAAAAUGUAGCUUUUGGGGGGGAGGGGAAAUGUAAUACUGGAAUAAUUUGUAAAUGAUUUUAAUUUUAUAUUCAGUGAAAAGAAAUUAUUUAUGGAAUUAAUCAUUUAAUAAAGAAAUAUUUACCUAAU